UCUUCUUUGAGGUUGAUACAUUGAUGAAAUUCAGGAUGGCCAUGCGUGUGGUUUUGUUUCUAACACUUUUAACUGGGCUGCGUGUCGUUGAUUCCAAAGCAAAGGACUCACCAUCGUGCUCUUGUGAUUUAAAGAAUCUUGCUCUUGGAGCCCCAGCUGUCCAGUCUUCCACAUUCAGUCAAAAUCAAGCAAUCGCUCAAAAGGCUGUCGAUGGCAACAGGAAUUCAAAUAUCAAUCAUGGGUCGUGCAGUGUGACUAAAAGGGUCAAGGACCCCUGGUGGAGAGUGGACCUUGGGGAAAUCCAUGAGGUAUCCAUGAUUAGCAUCACUAAUCGUGGAGAUGGUUCUGCUGGGAGGAUAAAUGGAGCUCAGAUCCGUAUCGGCAACAGCCUGGCAAAUAAUGGCAACAAUAAUGAGCUGGCUGCGACUGUUGUUUCCAUCUCAGCCGGAGAGACAAAAACUUUUAAGUUUAAGCCUAUUAAGGGACGAUAUGUGAACAUAUUUUUACGUGGGACAAAACAUCUCACACUGUGUGAAGUCGAGGUGUUUGGAGGUAAAGCACUCUGUGACUCUGAGAAGACAGAUAGAAUUUGUUAA